GGCCGCCAGGGAGGUCCACAUUUUGCUCAGUUGGAAUGCGGUAGGCGGGGCCCGUUAUGCUCGUGUCAAACUUUGGGAAUGACAGGAGUGCUGCAGGAUUCUCAAAGAAGAGGAAGAAGAAGAAGUGUCGCCCUUGUUGGUCUCUGUUUUGGAUUACUUUGACUUCUUUUUUUACGCACAGUCUUUGGGAUUCACCACCUUUUCCCACAGAUAAGUAGCAGACUUCCUCAGCCAUGUCGGAGGACCUGAGCUCCCAAACCUGGUCCAUCAACAAAGAUGAUUAUGAGCUACACGAGGUGAUUGGGAGUGGGGCCACAGCGGUGGUUCAAGCAGCCUACUGUUUACCACGCAAGGAGAAGGUGGCCAUCAAACGCAUCAACCUCGAGAAGUGCCAGACUAGUAUGGACGAACUCCUGAAAGAGAUUCAGGCCAUGAGCCAGUGCCACCACCCCAACAUCGUGUCUUACUACACCUCGUUCGUGGUGAAGGAUGAGCUGUGGCUGGUCAUGAAGCUGCUCAGUGGUGGCUCCGUGCUGGACGUGAUCAAGCACAUCAUCUCGCGAGGCGAACACAAGACGGGCGUCCUGGACGAGGCCAGCAUAGCCACGGUGUUGAAAGACGUGCUCGAAGGCCUGGAGUAUCUCCACAAGAACGGACAGAUCCACAGAGAUCUGAAGGCUGGAAACAUUCUCCUCGGGGACGACGGUUCAGUGCAAAUCGCAGACUUUGGCGUCAGUGCCUUUCUAGCCACAGGUGGUGACAUGACUCGAAAUAAAGUGCGCAAGACGUUUGUGGGAACGCCAUGUUGGAUGGCCCCGGAGGUCAUGGAGCAGGUGAGGGGUUACGAUUUCAAAGCAGAUAUUUGGAGUUUCGGGAUCACAGCCAUCGAGCUCGCCACGGGGGCCGCACCUUAUCACAAAUACCCGCCAAUGAAGGUCUUGAUGCUGACGCUGCAGAAUGACCCCCCGGCCCUGGAGACCGGCAUCACAGACAAGGAGAUGGUAAAGAAAUACGGGAAAUCCUUCAGGAAGAUGGUCUCCCAGUGUCUACAGAAGGACCCGGAGAAAAGGCCGACAUCCAACGAGUUGUUGAAGCAUAAAUUCUUUCAGAAAGCAAAGACCCAUGAAUAUUUACACGAGAGGUUGCUUCAGAGGGCGCCUACAAUAACAGAGAGGUCGAAAAGGGUACGUCGGGUGCCGGGUUCGAGCGGUCGGCUGCAUAAAACGGAGGAUGGCGAGUGGGAGUGGAGCGACGACGAGUUCGAUGAAGAAAGCGAAGAGGGCAGAGCAGCCGUCGCCGCCUUAAGGUCACCAAGAGUGAAGGAAGGAUCACAGAAUUCAGAGGUUUUCCAGACUCCUGAGCCUUCAAGUAGUCAACUCCACCCGACGGCCGCAGGUCAGGCAGAACUACCUCAGCAUGCAGGCCAGGUUCCACUGCAGCCCACACGAGUCAACGCUCAACCCACUGCCACGGCUACGUCUCCCACAGCAGGCGUACCCGCUGCUGCUGCUGUUCCCACACAGGCGCUAGCUGGCACGGGGGAUGUCAAGGCUCCCAUUAGUUUGGUAUUAAGGUUAAGAAAUUCAAAGAAGGAGCUAAAUGACAUCCGCUUUGAAUUCAUGCCAGGAAGAGACACAGCAGACGGUGUGUCUCAGGAGCUGGUGUCAGCAGGCCUGGUGGACGGGAGGGACUUAGUAAUAGUCGCUGCAAAUUUGCAGAAAAUAGUUGAUGAGCCUCAAUCCAAUAAAAAUGUCACUUUCAAACUGGCCUCUGGAACUGAGGGAUCUGAAAUACCAGAUGACAUCAAAUUGAUGGGCUUUGCUCAGCUCAGCAUUAGUUAAACUGUUGUACUACCUGGGACCGUGACUUGCCUAAAAAAUGUGAAAAUAAUAAAAAAAAUAGUUAAAUGCAUUUUUUCUUUCUAUGGCUGUAAAGAAACCACUACUGCCAAAGAAAA